GGGGCGCGGCGGCGAGGGGCCGGCCCGCUACCCCGGCGGUCUUUAAAUUCCCCCUUCCUCGGGCGGGCUUGUGCACACUUACCUGCCAGACUGCAGCGAGUGUCCCACCACUCUGCACUUCCAACGACUUUUUUUCAUCUGUUUUAGGCAGGAGAUGCUGUUGCUUGAUUGCAACCAGGAGGUGGAUAGUCUGAAGCAUUUGCUGGAGACGGGGGCCUCCGUCAACGCACCCCCGGAUCCCUGCGAGCAGUCGCCUGUCCACUUAGCUGCAGGUGGCGGCCUUGCUUGCUUUCUUCUCUGGCAGCUACAAACGGGCGCUGACCUCAACCAACAGGAUGUUUUGGGAGAAGCUCCACUACACAAGGCAGCAAAAGUUGGAAGCCUGGAAUGCCUUAGCCUGCUUGUAGCCAGUGAUGCCCAAAUUGACUUAUGUAAUAAGAAUGGGCAAACAGCUGAAGAUCUUGCUUGGUCAUGUGGAUUUCCGGAAUGUGCCAAGUUUCUUACAACAAUUAAAUGGAUGCAGACAGUAAAAUCAAGGGAACUGUCUGAUAGGGAUCAUUGUGUUCCAGUGCUCAGACAGAAACGAAGUUUUGGAAGUGUAGAAAACACAAAUGGGAAAAGGAAGCGUUGAUGUCACGUUGGUUAUGAAGAGGUGUGAAGAAGGCCUUCAUUUCAUGCAGAUCUACAAGCUCUGGCUUUUGGCUUACCGUAUGUGUCUAAACUCCUUCUAAGAAGGAGGAAAACUUUCUUCCACAUGAAGAUAACACUUAAGAAUACAUGUAUUUACAUGCCUAUAAUAUUUUGGUUGUGCAUGCAUGCUUUCUCUUUUAAGUUAUUAAAGGAUUGUUUAAAGAGUAAA